UCCGGGGAGACCGGAUAUAGUGAAUGCAGGGUCCGGGGAGACCGGAUAUAGUGAAUGCGGGGUCCGGGGAGACCAGAUAUAGUGAAUGCAGGGUCCGGGGAGACCAGAUAUAGUGAAUGCAGGGUCCGGGGAGACCGGAUAUAGUGAAUGCAGGGUCCGGGGAGAGCGGAUAUAGUGAAUGCAGGGUUCUGGGAGACCGGAUAUAGUGAAUGCAGGGUCCGGGGAGACCGGAUAUAACCAGACCAGAUAUAUAGUGAAUGCAGAGUCCGGGGAGACCAGACAUAGUGAAUGCAGAGUCCGGGGAGACCGGAUAUAGUGUAUGCAGAGUCCGGGG